AUGAACCCAACAAAACCAAACAUCUCUGAGUCUGUGACUUCCCCUGCCCUGGAGGCAGGCUCUGGUGGGACGAAUAAAGAUGAGAAACCUCCCUCCUCCCCUAAGACCUCCGCUUGGACUGAGCAAAAGAUCAGUAACCGAAUCUCUCAGACCUUGGAAGGCUCAUUCAUGUCCUUAACACAAAUUAUGGAAAGUUCUAGAGAUGGGAGUGGAUUUCAAGAGGGGCAUAAUGAGUUGAAACAAGGGGUGGCACCCUCUAUCAGUGUUCUGGAAGAAAACAUGAUUGCACAGGAGCUGGAAGAAAAAAGAGACUGGGAAGACACCUGGUACCACUUUGCACCUCCCUUGCCCCAGCGGCAGAUCCAGAUAAUGGAUGGCGAUAGGUCUCAUGAAAUUACUGAGGCACAAACACUACAGGGUGUGAGCUCCUACACUCCUGAACAUGCCACAUCAACACAAAUUGUCCCAACCACCAUUUCUAUACUGUCGCAAGUCAAGUCUGUUAGCAGUGACUGGCAGAGUUCAACAAAGGACAUUGCUACGUUCCAAAAAGAAGCAUCUUUGAAUUUGAUGACCCAGACACUUUCAGACAGUCUAAAUGGGAAAGGCAGUGAUGACAGUAUGGAGUCAAAUACUGCUCUUGAUCAAGCCACAGUUAUAGUGCCAGGGCAUCCUGAGGACUUCACACCAUAUGGUGCCACUGUCCCUGCUGAUCAGGAGGCCAAUCCCCAUGUCACUCUAGCUGAUUCAAUCAUCACAACAAACCCACAGUUAUCACACCUGGAGAACAGAGGCGUGCACAUGGUUACACAAACUAUUCAGUCAAAUCAAACAGGUGAAGAAAUCAUAAACCCUACAAGGAUUCUGCCAGAUGUGCCAUCAGAGAUAACAUCAUCAAGGCCUGAUGGCACCAGCCUUCAGUGGGAAGACCUCAGCCGCACUCUGGCCUUUGCCUGGGAGCUGCAUGUGUUUGGCUGUGCUUCCCUAUUCCUGCUAUUGGUUGGUGGUGCCCUCUGGGGGAUAAAAGGUGCAUUUGGCCUGCUUCGUCCUUACUGUAUCGCCCUACCCCUGGCAAAUAUUUUGCUCCUGCUAGCAGGAGUAUUGAGGUGUGCUCACUUCCUGAUCGACCCCUAUGGUACACGGCAUAUUUUGCCACGGCCUGCCCUGUCCGCUCUGUACAACUUGCCACUUCCGCUUCUGCUGUGGGCACAGGCUGUGCUAGCGAUGAUUGUUUUGCGUGGACAGAGACUGAAUCUCCUGCCCCCUGCUCUGCAGUGCCCCCGAGUGACUGCAGGACUUGUGGCGCUCCACUGCUUCCUUCUCUUUGUGGCUGAUAUCCUCUCCCAGGCCCUGUCUCCUGCUCUGCCCCUGAUGCUACAGACUUUUUCGGUUUGCUGGGGCUUGCCUCUCUGCUUGGGUCUUCUCUUCCAAACCCUGAGCCCUCUUCAGUCGACCAGGACUCCUGUUCCACAGUGGACAGCGGCAAAGCGAGUCGAACACCGGGCAAGGCGAGUGUUUUCUUUAUGCACUGUCUUGGGAGCACUAAGCUAUGCGUUUCAGAUCCACGGAAUCCUCUGGCUCUACGGCUUGCUUGGAAACUGGAGAAGCUUUGGCUGGGGCUGGUGGCUGUGUCAGUUCUUUGCACGGCUCUUGGAACUGACAUGGAGCUACUGCAUGCUCCUGCUGGCAUCUUGGCCUUUCUGGAGACCCAGGGGAAACAACCGCAGAGGCGAGGGGAGACCAGAGGCAACGCAACGGGGGAAGCUGGGUUCCUACUGGGACAGGAUGCUAGAGAACUUGCCCGGGGGACCAUGGGGGAUGCCAGACAGACACUGGGCAGAGCUUAUACCAAAUAACUGGGCAGCCCACCAGCGUGAGUGUGCAGACAUUAGUAGCUCCAUAAUCCAUAACCAUGAUGUGGUCACUACAUCUCAGGGUCAAAAGGACAGCAAUUCAGACAACAUAGGUAGCAUCUCCACCAACAGCACCAUGUGUGACUCCUACCCCACACCUUUGUGGUCACAUGGACAUGACUGGAGUGAGAGGGAUUGCAUCCUGUCCCUCAUUGAGUUUGACCUGUGUCCCCCGUCGCCCAUCAGUCUUACCCGCAGCAUUGACAAUGCACUUCAUUUUGACGACCUCCUGGGAUUAGGCAGCCUCUUCACGCCACCACCUCCAUCUUGGACUCAAGGCCUGGAGCCGUACUGCCCACAAGCAGGCAGCGCCACUGCUCCUGCCACACCCGCACACAUCGCCUACAGGUGGGCCCUGGAUGCUGGCUCCAGCCCUGUGCAGCCUCACUGCUUCAGGGGCUCGUCGCACCACUUCCAAACACCGCGGUCAGACGCCCAAUCUCCUCUGUCUACAACAGACCUUAGACUGCACUUAGAGGAGUCUGACCAGCCACCCGGGAUACAGGGCGUCAUCGUUAUGGAGGACGACUGGAGCAGCGUGAGCAGUACAGAUGACAUCACCGACCUAUAGACUCCUUUAUGUGAUGCCAUUGGGACACCUGAGGGAUUUAAACUGCUUUGUGUCUUUCCCACUGAAUCAGAUUGAACUCUAGUGCAGCUGUCAAAAUGAGGCCACCCAGUGCUCUCUCAGCCACUGGUCCAAUAAUUCUGAGCUGUAAUGUUUAUUUGUAGCAUAAACAAACAACAACGAGAUUAUAUUUGAAAAGGUAUUGCACGAUGUUAAUACAAUAAGAGCAAUGUGUAUAAGUAUAAUGUGUGAUAUGUCAUUAUAUCAUCACGUUUAUUUCUAUCUUUUUACUCCCUUUACAAUUUCUACAUGAAAGCACUUUAUUAGGCUGCCAACGUCAUUGUAUGUACAUUAUGCACAUGGCUUCACAGAAACACACCAUCAGCUUGUCCUGAAACCUCGUCAACAAAGUCAGGAUUAAUGAUUUUUUUUUUUAUAGUAUGUUCGAAUAAUAGCUUAGACUUUCAUAUAAGCAAUCAUGAAUGCUAUGUUUAGAAAACUCAAACUGCGUUAAAAAAAGAUAUUUAGAUGAAUUUUCAUUAAUUCGUUUAUUUCCCUUGUCAAACAGAUGGCCACCUUGGCCUACUAAUGAUUCAAAACCAAUCCAAAUGUUUCACAAACACAUAGGCUAUAGAGGACAUUCUGAGUAGGAAACUUAUUUAACUGCCCAAAUCAAUGUAAUUUGAGAAAUUACAUUCUCUAUGCUAUCAGAAGAACCUACUUGUCUUUUUGGAAUAACAUUUUGUAUAUGUGAUUGUUGUUCAAUGAAUAAACAAUUAGAAUGUA